UUGCAUCUUAUUAACUGUGUAAAAACGGUAAAGCAAUUAGAUACGGAAUCCUUAUUGUAAAUACGAUUUUACAUUUAGGGUAUGAUUAUAACACGGCAAAAUAACAGGUUUAGGCGUAAAAAACACGUAGAUCAUUUUAUCUGAUGCUAGCUUACCGUUAUAUUAUUAGUUUUGCUCUUCAUCGAUAUGUACUUUCCGCGCGAAUGUUGGAUGAAAGUUGCGUUAAACAUGGCGUUCAAAAGCAUGGUAAAAUUUCAUGUAAAAAUCAGCUUGAGAGGGGCAAAAGAUUAUCUGUUUUUCGGUUUGUAGGAUUUCAGUCCGUAGCAAUCCCACUUUUGUAAUACUAAAUCUCCUUUUCGGUCGAAACUAAAUUGAAUCGGAAAAAGUUGCGCAUUUGACCAACUCAGAUGCAGUUUGACAGACGAAAAACGGCAACUGUUUUUUUUCUCCCUUUCAGCUGCUUGAAUUGCAAAGUUUCAAGCUUUGAACGAAAUUCCGACAUAUCUGAAGCUGUCUAGAUUCAAGUACAGAGUUCUUUAAUUUAACUACUUUAUUGUCAUUUGGUGUUCAAUUCUCAUUCACAAAAUUUCUCAUAUAUCCAACUUGGUACAAGUAUAAUAGUUGGGUACCUAAAGUUUUGAUGGGUCCGGGAAGACAAAUUUUUGGGCCUUAAAGUUUUCAGUAGCAGCUGUGUAAUUAUCGUGUUUUUAUGAAAAUGGUACGACGCAUUGCUUUUCCAGGGACCCAACCAAUCAUACUUGUUAAUUUCGUUAUUGGUAAUGUUGGUUGGAGUGAUUUGGUUCUAGCCUUACUUGAUUUGAUCUGCAUACAUGUCUUCUGAGUGUAGGCUUCAAUGAUGUGUAUUUAAAUUAGAAAACAUAUAUUGUUUUCUGCUAACUUUGAACGCAUAUAUUUAUAUUUUUACCAGUUGUUAGUUCAAAUUCGAAACAAGCAAUUCAAUUUCUAUCAAACUGAUUUUUUUUUUUGAAAAAAUUCAGCAUAAUGAUGUUGUUUUGCACUGUUUUGCACUGAAAAAAGUAUUCAGAAUCGAGUCUACAAAACGAAACGGAAGGCUCCAAAAACAAUCCCAUUUGUAAGAAGAAAAUCUGAGCAAAGCUUACUAAAUCAUUUCAAUUGCAGGGUCGGAAUGUUUAGCAUCUUUGGUGUUUGCGGAACUAUUGAAUAUGAGAAGCUCUAGCAGACUCUAUUUUCGCUUCUCAAACCUAACGGGUUCCGUUGUCAGUCUCAUUGGUAGUCAGCUUCUUUAAGAUGGGACUAUCAAGGCAUACUCGAUGUCUUUUGGUCUGUCAUAGAGAUGGAAGAUUGACUUGGAGUCGCAACCUCUCCUCUCGCAUUUACUCAGAGUGCAAAUACCUUCACAAAGUGUACACGACUCACGAAGUGGCGAUUGAUCUUAACAGAAGCAACAUUUCCCGCUUCGAAUCAAAUCACUUGCCAUCUAACAGUCCCACAGAAGACAGACGAUUCCUCGGUACCAUACCCUCCCACUCUCGCACUACUAGUGGGGGAGGUGGAAUAAUCCAGAAGGAGGGAAGAGUGUGUUUCGGGGUAGUGGACGGUCACGCGGGACACAAGUGUGCCCAGGCUGUCAGUGGCAGACUGCUAGACUACCUCUCAGCCUCUACUCUCGCCCAGUGCAGCAAUGAGGCCAAUGGCGACUGGGAAUCACAUCGCACGCGUUGGGACCUUCCUGGGGAUUAUCAAGAAUCCAGCCUUAUCAGAGACAGACAUCGGCAGUCUUUACGUAGUUGGGUCACUUCAUCGAGUGAAAAUAAACCCUCGAGUGCAACCAGUGAUGAUGGGGGAUUGGACGAGAGGAUUUUUUCUUCUGCCUUUGAGGCCCUAGACCACCACUUGAUUGAAGAUGCGAUGGGUGUGAUAUCUUCAUCCAUGAACAGAUACGAUGUAGAUGUGAUCGAGAGUGCUUUGAGUGGCGCGUGUGUGUUGACUGUGGCGGUGGAUGAUGAAGAAGUAGUGUGUGCGAACAGUGGGGACUGCAAAGCAGUGUUAGGCCAGCUGUCCGAAGACGGACACUCUUGGCAUGCAAUCCCACUCACCAACGAACACAACGCAGAAAACUCUACUGAGAUACAGAGGAUAUUUGACGCCCAUCCUGAGUCGGAACAUCCGACCAUAAUACAGGGCGGAAGACUGUUCGGUUCCCUGCUGCCCCUCCGAGCAUUCGGAGACAUGCUGUUCAAACUAGACGGGAGUAAGCUGAACAAACUUAAGCAAGUGUUCGAUGUCAGAAACUUCCUCGCUAAGAGCAUCACGCCGCCAUACUUAAGUGCCUCGCCGGAAAUAACUAGAAGACAGAUAGACCCUAAAAGAGACAAAUUCCUGAUUGUGGGUACAGACGGUCUAUGGGACUUCGUUACUUCCCAGGUGGCAGUCGAGGUCAUAGGUCAACAUCUGGACUCAGCGAAUGACCCCAAACCCCAAUUCGGCUCAACAGUUGAAGAGCAGCACCACCAAACAGUGCACAGAUUAUCGGCCAAUGGAGCCACUCGGCUAAUGUGUCACGCAGUCGGACAAUGCAUGAAUAGUAAAACAUUGCCUUUGUUCGGCCAAUUGAACGAUAUGAUUAAAAUUGCCCCAGAGGAGACGAGAAAUAACAGGGACGAUAUAGAAGUGAUAGUUGUAUACUUUAGAUGACGGAUUAGCCCGGAGAAUAACAGACGAAAUGCAAAUAUAAACAAACUAACAGUCAACUUGAAAUUAGCUAUAAUGUUUUAAUUGCAAUUUGAUGCGACAUUGUAUCUUGAUUAUUUGAGUUUUGCAAUUCCACAAAACUGUUCUUAAAAAUUUCACACUU